AUGCAUCUAACGACCCCUGUCUCUAUACUCGUUUCCAUUCUUUCUCUUGCAUCGUCAUGCCAAGCACACCCUACUCACAAGGAACCAUUGCGAGUCGAGACCUUCAUCAACUCAGGACCUUCUCUCGAUGUGGUGUCCUCUCUGAUUAUCGGCUCGGAAGCAGCAGUUCUGGUGGAUAUGCCCUUGGCGAUCCCUCAGGCAGAGAGCCUUGCAGCAUGGGUAAAUCAAACAACAGACAAGCCUCUUGUCGCUGUCUUCUCGACCCACUCUCAUCCGGACCACUACCUCAGCGGUGCUGCAUUUCUGCAGUAUUUCCCAAACACCAAGUACUACGCCCACCCAGAUGCUGCAGCUCUCAUUCAAAACGAGAGUAAUCAACAAAUCCAAGCCUGGGGCUCCAUCCUCGGAAACCAAAUCGUCGUCUCCGAAGCCACCAUCCCAACUCCCUACAACUUCACAUUCUUCACCCUUCCUGGUAACGAGCACUCACCGAUCCAGCUCCUCAGUCCACUAGGCGGCGACACAAUCGACGAGACACUCUUCUACAUCCCUUCAAUCCAAACCUUAAUCGCCGGAGACACCGUCUACUCGCACGACAUGCACCUCUGGCUAGCCGACUUGCUCACCCCAGCAUUGACAUCCUCCUGGCUAUCGACUCUGGGGUACAUCAAGUCUCUUGGACUCAGACGCGUGAUUCCAGGACAUGCAUUAUCGAUUGACAACUUUGGCCCGACGACUGAUGUCGCUCAUACCGAGGCAUAUGUCAAGUUCUUCCAGCAGAAGAUCGAAGCUCGUGGCGUUGAUUACUUCACUCCACGGCAAAUUUUCGAUCAGUUCGAUGCGGAAUUCCCGGGUCUGCUCAACAAGGCGAACUCCACGACGUCUGCGACACUGUUGAAUAUUACAUCUGAAGAGUUUGGGAAGAAUGGAACGCGUCGAACUCACUACGUUGACCUGGCAUCGUUCAACGACACUCGCGCUCUCACAGAUUGGCAGCUUUAG